AUGGGCGCACACUCAAACGCGACAAUCUGGCAAUCGAUCCGGGGUAAUCCCAAGGUCCUGUUCAUCGCUUUGUUCGCCUCACUCGGUGGUUUCGAAUAUGGUUACCAGCAAGGUGUCUUAGGCCAGUCCUUGGUCAUGACAAGAUUCACUGAGAGCUUCCCGACCGUUGUUAAAUCCGCUGGAGCAACUGGCUGGCUCACUUCUAUCCUCCAACUUGGUGGUCUUCUCGGAUCUCUCACCGCUGGCAUUCUAAGCGAGCUCAUCUCAAGAAAGUACACCAUGUUUGUGGCCUGCUGCUGGGUUGUUUUGGGCAGCUUCCUCUACGUUGGUGCUCAACCAGGUUCGUCAUCACUUUUGUAUGCUGGUAGAUUCUUCACUGGUGUCGGCGUUGGACUGUUCAGUGGUGUCGGACCGCUUUACAAUGCCGAACUUUCCGCUCCUCACAUGAGGGGUUUACUUGUCUCCUUCUAUCAAUUGGCAACCAUCCUUGGCAUCAUGCUUUCUUUCUGGGUCGGGUACGGCAGCAACUACAUCGGUGGCACCGGCGAUGGUCAGUCGAAUCUUGCAUGGCGCCUGCCUUCGAUCAUCCAAGGUAUUCCUGCCGUAGCCCUUGCUUUCGGUAUCUGGUUCAUGCCAUUUUCGCCCAGAUGGUUGGUCAAGAUGGGCCGUGACGAGGAAGCCAGGCGUACGCUCGCAUGGCUGCGCAAGCUCCCAGUUGAGCACGAGGAGCUUGAGGCCGAAUACCUUGAGAUCAAGGCAGAAGCGCUGUUCGAACAGAAGGCAUUCGCUCGUGACUUCCCUGACCUCGCUGAGCAACGUCAGAGCCGCCUCAAACAGCAGUUUGCGCAAUACCGUAUGUGCUUCCGAUCAAAGGAUAACUUCAAACGCAUCUGUACCGCAUGGCUUGUCAUGUUCUGGCAACAGUGGUCCGGAAUUGACGCGAUCAUUUAUUAUGCUUCGAACGUUUUCAUCAGUCUCGGUCUCACAGGCGGCACGAACGCUUUGUUGGCCACUGGUGUCACCGGUGUCGUGUUCCUCAUUAGCACUAUUCCUGCCAUGCUAAUCAUCGACCGAGUCGGUCGUAAGCCUAUGUUGCUGGUAGGCUCUGCCGUCAUGGGCGUCUCCAUGGUGAUUGUUGGUGUCAUCGUUGCCAAGUUCAGUCACGACUGGCCCAGCCACGUUGCUGCUGGCUGGACCGCCGUCGCACUCAUCUGGGUCUACAUCGCUGCUUUCGGCGCUACGUGGGGACCUGUUUCAUGGACUCUUGUUUCGGAGAUCUUCCCUCUUUCCAUCAGAGCGAAGGGUGCUUCAAUCGGCGCAUCGUCAAAUUGGCUCAACAACUUUGCUAUUGCGUUCUUCGUACCUCCCAUGUUGAAGUCAUGGAAGUGGGGCACGUACAUCUUCUUCAGCGUCUUCCUUGCUGCCGCCAUAGUGUGGGUGUGGUUCUGCCUUCCUGAGACAAAAAAUGCCACUCUGGAAGAGAUGGACCGUGUCUUCAAAAGUCAGGCGGGCGAGAAAGAUGCUGCGCUGCUUAGGGAAGCCAAGCAGGAGGUCAGCAUGCUGACGAUCAAGGUAGAGAAAGGGGAAAAGGGUCAUGUCGAAGAGGUUCAGAUGGUUUGA